AUGGAACAAGAUUUGCCCACCUUCAUCCGCCCUUGCAAACUCCGAGGCAACUCUUCUGCAAGUUCUCGUCCUCUCAUUCCCGGCCCUGCUGGUGUUGUCCAGGCCGCCAUGAUUCAACGCAGCUCCACCACCGACGGACACCUCAUUCCAACCCAACAAUUUGUUAGGCGCGUCGUCGAAGACGGUCACGACACUGAUCCCGAUUUUCACUCCAAUGCUUGGCUUUCAGCCCUGCAAUUAGGCGGAUCUGCAACUCCUCUGGGUUCAAUCACUCACCAUCUAGAAAGGGUCGAUCUCAUCGUCGCAGUUAUCAAAUCAUGCACGCCAAACGGAUUCGGCGAUGUGUCAGUUACCCUGAAGGUAUUUCCAUCUUCCGCGUUCUUUUUCAUCAAUGUCAUGGUAUUUAAAUGUCCUCUGUCAAUGCCAUAUGGGUUUGAGUUGCAGGAUCCUACGGGCACUGUCGGUGCUAGUGUCCAUCACAAGGUUUUCACUGAAAGCGAAUUCGCGAAGGACAUAAAUGUUGGAUCUGUUAUGCUUAUCCAGAAGGUAGCUGUGUUUUCUCCUAGAAAAUCUAAUUGUUACCUGAACAUAACAUUGCCCAACAUAGUUAAGGUAUUCUCCAGUGACUGUGGACCUCCAUCUGAAACAUUCACCGACAUUACAGAAGAUUGA